AUGGCGAAUCCUAUGGACCAGAGGAUAGCGGUUCCUAUCGAUGACCCAAACGCAGACACUGAGUGGAAUGAAAUCUUGCGCAAGCAUGGAGUGAUCCCCGAAAAGCCCCCGAGCCCGACGCCGAUGAUUGAGGAGGCCAUUUUGGAGGGACGACGGAUAGCGCACGAGAAUCGCCUAGAAGGCAAAGACCUGGACGAGCUGGACGAGCUAGAGGACGAAGAGGAUGAAGCUUUCCUCGAGAUUUACCGUCAAAAGCGCAUGCAAGAGAUCUCGUCCAUGCAGUCCAAAGCAGUUCACGGCAGCGUAUACCCUGUUUCGAAACCCGAUUACGCACGCGACAUCACAGAUGCAUCGCACAAGGGCCCUGUCUUGGUCAAUCUGAUAUCGUCUUUGGGCACGAACAUCGAGUCCCGCGUGCUUUCGGAACUUUGGAAGAUGGCAGCGCAGGAGUACGGGGAGGUCAAAUUUUGCGAAAUGCGAGCGGACAAGGCCAUUGAGGGAUACCCCGAACGGAAUUGCCCGACUAUUUUGGUCUACAAAGACGGAAAUAUCGCCAAGCAAAUCGUCACAUUGAUGACUGUUGGCGGCGUCAGGAUGAACAUGGCCAAUAUUGACAACCUGCUUGUCGAGAUCGGCGCUGUGUCCGAGAAGGACCUGCGUGUGGUCAAGCGAAGGAGGCAAGCUGAGGAUGCAGAGGAAGAGCGGGCCAUGGGCAAGGGAAUCAAGACCGGCAACAUCGGAAGGUCGAAGAAGGACGAGGACGAUGACGAUUGGGACUAA